UUGCCAACUGAAAAUCCUGUCUUGCUGUCACGUCACAAUGCUCAUUCAGCCAGUUACCGCGAACCAGCCUACAUUCCGUCGGCAGGUCCUAUCGUCUACCAAUCCGUCACCCUCCGUGCUGCAAGCGAAUGGGCACUCAAUGUCCUUGAUGUCGACGCUUUCUUUCUGUAUCACGACUAUGGCAGGGCACAAGCCUAUUUAAGGAAUACGAAAAACCUUUGCUUUCAAGCGCCAAUUCAAGUGGUUCGAUUCAGUCGGUGCGCGUACUAUAGUAUCUUCCGGAUGACAGGGAUGAAUGGAUGCUCGCCAGAUGCAAUGAGUGAGGCCGUUGCUCAUAAACAUUUUCUGCAGGAUCUAGAGCUCCAGAUCUCACGAAUACUGUCAUGCCUGACACCGCACAACCUCCGUUCCUUUGACAGAUGGCGACUUGGGACAUGUAUCCCUCAAGGUAUCUUUGGGGUUGAUGGCUACCUAGCUCGGUGCCAACCUCAUAUUCUUCAUCUACAUCUUCAAACAGAUGGCACUUGUUUUCAGGCUCAGCCUGGCCUUGAAGGGUUGUCCCAACUCCAUGACCUGAAAGUCCUAAGCUGGAAUGGAAUUCAGCAUCGAAGCGAAGUUCAGUCGUUGCAACGGACUCUUCAAUGCAAUCACCUACAUCUUCGUAGCUUCACUGUCGCAUUCAAGCCAUCCACAUUUGCAAACUCCCUGUCCUGGAGCCUGUUGACCAGGUCGGGCGAUGAGCCUGGUCAUGCGCUAAGAUCGAUGCCGUUUGCCAGCCUGAAAGAAUUGUCUCUGUCACGGAUUACGCUUCCGACAUACUUACCGCCUGAUGAUAUUCUUACAUUUCGUGGUCUCUGUUCAUUAAGUUUCAUACGGCUCGUCUAUUUUGAAGGUUGUUUUGAUAUCCUCAAAGAUGACCAUCGAUAUAUGAAUGCGCUCAGUGAAUUUCUCCUCUCAUUUCGUGGGCUACAAAAUCUUCAUUUGCACCAAUCAAAUUUUCCUCCCCUGGGUGCAGCCUUCGUGGGAGCCAUCCACGGGCACCCCGAUACCUUGAAAUCGCUCGUAUACCAUGAGCGACAAUUGGUGCAACUAGAUGAGAGCGGGAUGUUUGAAGAGGAUCGUGAUGUAAACCCUACCUGGGCUGGAAAGUGUGACCACACGAUUGACCUCUGUCCACUUACCUUUUUGGCGCUAGCCAUAUGCCCGAAAACUGCGCAAACGAUUCUCGAGCCAACCCGGGCACACACGCAGCUUCAGCUCUUGCAUCUUCGAUUGAGCGGGCCUGAGAGAUUGCAUCAGAACCUCGCUCUGGAGAUCAGGACUUUGCUCAUAGAGUCGGAGCGGACCAGUUCUGAGGGCACUUUUGCGCCCGGAUCCAACCUCUUGGACGACAAGCCAAAUACUUACGAUCCAUCUCGCGUUCGCCAGAUAGCUACUCUUCAAAGCGAAACGCCGCCGUCCAUGCCGGCAGCCAAAGCAUUCAUUUCAUUUGCCAGAUGGGCAUUUGGCCCACAGGGCAUACCGUCUUUACGAGUGUUAGCAUUUGGAGACUUCUCACAUGAAGAUCGGUAUGAAGCCCAGCGUUUUCUGGUUCGCCGUCUUGACCGGCCGAAAGAAUCUCGGGUAGUCAGCGAAUGUCUUGGUUUCGUCCCGCUCGACUUCGCGGACUUGGAAAGUUGGGACGGACUUUCGGGCAACGGUGCCAGGUUUCUCGCCGCGUGCCCGGGAAAUAGCUUGAUGGAGUCGCCAUAUGAUUUUUGA